AUGAGAAGAAGGAUGAGAAGAAGGAUGAGAAGAAGGAGAAGGAUGAGAAGAAGGAGAAGGAUGAGAAGAAGAAGAAGGAUGAGAAGAAGAAGAAGGAUGAGAAGAAGGAGAAGGAUGAGAAGAAGGAGAAGGAUGAGAAGAAGGAUGAGAAGAAGGAGAAGGAUGAGAAGAAGGAAUGUUUCAACCGCUGUAUGGAGGGAAUGUCACAGAACUGUCAGAAAUAGCGGAGCUCUGCAGAUACACUUAGCGGAGCUCUGCAGAUAGAUACAACGGUUGAAACAUAGGCUAUGUUU